AUGGACUUUGACACGAAGGUCGCUCAUCGUAAAAGUAGGGCACCGUGGCAGUCCAAUGCCAUCAAAUCGAACCCGUAUGCUAAGGCCAAUGCUUCAUACACAGAGAGCAACGCCCAGCUGGGCAAUGGGGCAGGCAAUUCGCUCCAAGUGCCCGGAAACAACCCCAAUCCAUACGGAGUACAGAGUAGCAUGCUCAAUCCAGGAAGUGGACCCGUUUCUGGUAGCAAUGUAUCAAUUAGAGGUGGUGGUGGCGGUGGUGCCGGAGGAGGUGCAGGGGACUACUUGACCCCCAACACCGCAUCUAAUCGUAAAGCUUCAAGAAGAAUGAGUAUUCAUGCCAGUGCCGCCGCAGGAAAUAGGAAUAGAAACGGCUACGACUCGCUGAAUGCUCCGCAGCUUCCGCAGUUGUAUAGAGCUACCUCCAACCAGUCUGCCAUCCUGACCGGUACGACACAGUACAAGCAACAGGUUGCUGGAGACGAGGUCAAUACAAGAAUAAUGGGAGACUUGGCAGGGGGAACAGCCGCAGAAAUAGAUGAAUACUACAAGGUGCUCACCAAGCAGAAAGCGGUGGUCACUCGGGACAUCAAGGAGAACAUAAACGAAAAUCAGAAGAAUAUCUUGGAGCUAACCAAUGACUUGAAGGAUACCCAGGAUGAGUUGUUGCAGUUACGUGUUACCACCAGAGACUUGUACGAGAUCUUAGAUGAUUUCAAAGAUGCUGCACAGAGGAGAAUUGAAUUGGAAAACGACUCGUCAUCACAGUACAACGCCAACAGACUGGCAUCCAACGGUGGCAGCCUGAAAGCUAACACCAAGAGAAAAGAUCGCUCUUCAAUCAUAUAUCUUGAAAAAAUGUGGAAUGAUCAGCUCCAGUCGUUGUUUAAGCACGUUGAAGGUGCUUCUAAAUUCAUCCAGCCGAUCCCAGGGCGCCAUAUCUUGGCGGAAAGUGGCCGCUGGUCUGAAAUCAAUGUAGGGAACUGGAAAAUAGUGAAACCAGCACAUUUAUUCAUUUUAAACGAUGUGAUUUUGAUAGCAACAAAGAAAUACUCCUCAGGUCAAGAUACUGCUACUGUAGCGCCCACAACGCCAUCUGCAUCGAACACUCCUAGAUCAUCUGCUGCAUACAAUGGAAAUAACAACACAAACAAUGCAACAAGCUCCAAGUCGAAACUUCAGGCUGUGCUUUGUUGGCCCUUGCAUGAUGUGAAAUUCUCUGAAAUAACACCACCGACACAAAUCAACAGAUCUGGGAAAGUAGAUGACAAUAAGACCUACUCAAUCAACUUGAAGUCUAAUUCGAUGUCUUAUAUAUAUCAGACUGAUAGAUACGACCAUUUCAUGAAGAUACUGGAAGCUUUCAGAAAGGGACAACAUGAGCUUGCCCAAAAGGAAAGAGCAUUUGAACUUGCUAAUGAAGAGAGCCGUCGUCGUAGUGUUGGAAGACGUGGUGAUGAUGAAGACAAAAAACUGUUGAGGGACUCCAUAAGAAACUCUGGAAUCAUAGGUGAGGAAGAUAGUAACUCUAUAUCUAAAUCUAAGAGUAUAAAGAGACUCAGUGCAGAUGUUGUCUUACAAGAUAUUUCUGCCAAAGUGCACUCAAGAAACAGAUCUCAUGAUUUUAAGAAUGGCUCUCCAAAACUCGGCUCAUCUAAUAGCAAUAGCGGAAGCUCAGCGUUCUUCAAUGAUUUGAAGAGAAUUGAAGAUCGUAUCGAUGAAGUUGAUGUAGAAAUCGCUCACAACAAAUUCUUGGAAUCUGUGGGAUUGAUACGAUACAUCGAAAACAAAAUUGCGAACAUUGAAGCUAGCCUUGAGCAGGGUUCAAGGAAACGUCAAUUACUACAGGAAGAAGAUCCAUCGGCCACCAAUUUGGAAGAUGAAAUCGAAUUGCUCAUUGAAGUUAUAAAUAUCAAAAUAGGUUCCAGAAAGGUGAAGAUCCAAAAAAACUUGAUCUUCGAAUUGCAGCAUAAUAUUACUAUCCUACAGGGUGAUGAAAUAAGUCAAAUUAUGGAGUUCUUCUACAAUUUUGAUCAGCUAGAGAAGGGGGUGACUGCAUACUUACAGGCUAUGUCACAACACCUUAAUGUCACCGCUUCGAAACUUGUAGUAGGAAUUCAAGGCUCAACUAAAAUUGAUGUAGUUAAUUAUUUGUCCAAUAUGGUUAUCAUUUACGUAUCCAUUGUGAAGAAGACAAUUUUCACAUACAAGGAGUUUAUUGUCCCCGUUUUAGACAGAGAUCAAAAGAAUGUGAAUGGUAACCACCUGGUUGCUUCGAUUGAUUCUUCAGGACUCAUAGAUUGGUGUACCGAAGAAAUUACCAGAUUAGUCGGUGGCAUUAAGAAGCAUUUAUACGGAACUUUGGUAACGAUUACCUCACAUGAUUCGGUUACCGAAGAUCCUAUUUACAAAGUGAAAGAUUUAAAAUUAUUCAAUGAGUUCAUUGGUAUUAUUAAGCCAAGAUUGGAUGAAUUGAAGAGUGCCGGAGUCAACCUUGAUUUCUUAUUCCAAGAUAUAUUCCUCUUAAGGUACACGUAA